UUUACGUCUGUUCUGUCACGUGACCGCAGCUGGUGCCGCGAAAGUUGGAGCAUCACUUGAUGUCGGGAUGUCGUUGUCAGAGGAAUUUCGUGCGAAGAUAUCAUUUGCUAUGCUGUGUUCUGACAGAGACCUUGGCCUUUCGUUGGCGAGAUCGGUCACAGAGCAGAGAGUGAAAGAAUGCCCUCUUGAAUGUCAAGUAACACUCGUCGACUCCAUACGUCGCAUGGCUGAAAUCACAGGCGACGUGUUGUGGAUUCUGGUUCUCGACAUUACCUCCAGGACGAGUUGCAACGAUAUGCCUCGUGCAAUCAACUACCUUACUUCCAGUGGCUCACAGGAGAAGUUCUGCGUUGCACUUCUUAACUACCACAAGACGGGAGAACGAUGCAGGUAUGAAAACUUCAUCCGAGGGCUGUUAAUAAACACACCCUAUGCACCACUCCUUACGCACGGAUCGACGAAGAAAUCCGAACAGCACCUGGUGGAGAGAAUCCUGCGGUGGGCGAUGAUCGCGGGCGGAUAUCGAGGCCUCCUGUCUCCGCUGCUGCUGGACGUCACGAAGCCCUUCGCAAUCUUGAAGCGCAACGUCGAGGAGGCGAGCGCCAUGGAUUAUUCGUCGUAGGUGUGAAGUGUUUGCGGCAUUGCCUCUAUCGGUUCCCAUUCGACAGCACCAUUAAUGAAGAAUGAUGCAAACUGGUUUGUCUGUUUGUGAAUAGACCCUUGUGCAGUCGGGUUUUGUGGUUUUUUGAUAUCGGAAAGGAAAGUUGGGUAUUAUUUCGGGGACAAAUAGGUAUACCUAUGUCAAAUAGGGUGCUAUCGGAUGGAAAAUCGGUUUUGUUUUGGGGUGGGGGAGGUUGGGGGGGGGGGGGGGGAAGGCGGGUUUAGCCUGACCAACCAUGGUGCAAACUGGGAGGUACAGAUGGGCAUUACCGGGUUUAACCGAAUAACACAAGUGUCUAUUAGUGAACUGUUCGUAGUUUGAGGUUUUACACUGUGGCAUAGCUGCGUGAUGUGUGAUGCUGAUCACCAUGUGGCUUGGUUUUGCCAAUGAUAGUUUUCUUCGGCAACAUAUGUAUAAUUAUAAUUCUAUAAAAUUUAUACGUAUGCAUACAAAGAACCUGUAAAAUGCAUGUAAAUCUAAGUUAAUUACGAAUAAUUGCCUCCAAUUUGAAUUGAAAUACUUUGCACUGUAACUGCGACCAUCAUAAAGCGUGUGGCAGAGUUUGUGCAGCUUUGGGUGAGGACUGUCUCUUCAACACCUGCUGCGGAACAUGGUGCUCCUGAGAAGAACGGAUAGAUUCGGUAACUGGACAUAUCACAAACUGAUGAAAGAAGGCUAGUAGGUCUGUAAUCUCUAUUGAUAUCAUUCAUUCUGUGCAGUAUGUGAAGACUGACAUAACUCUGGUGAGAAACACAAUGUAUUUAAUGAAGUGACGUGACUCUGAGUUCUGUCUAAGGUUUGCUGCGAUGGAGUGUGCUUUCACGCAGACGCGUGACUCAGCAGCACUGGGUGCAGGAGGUGACUCCAGAUGUGACUGACCUGCGAAAUAAAUAUGUAAAUUAUUUAA